AUGCGUGCGCUGUCGGCCCGACAGCAGGGGCGCCUCGUUGCCUAUCUCGAUGAGGAGCUCCUUCGUAUCAUGCGUGGAUACCAGAAGCGGCAUGAGCCAAGAGGUACUCUGCGUACGCUGCCGGCCUACUUAGACCAGUGGGGUCCGUGCGUCCAAGUCACAGCCUCUACCCCCCUGCAAGGCCCCGUCGCUGCGAUCCACGACGCGUACCUGCUGCGGAUUACUAGUGAGCUAUCGGAGGGUAUCACGGGCUAUUCUACCGCGGCCACUGACGACUUUCCACAGGAUGUACAGCUCAUGUACGUACUGUACUGGAUGGACGUGUUGGACCAGCUGUGGGUCGCGCGCCUCGAGCAGCGCGUCACGGAGCUAGACAGGGUCAAAGAGGGUGCUUGUGCUCAUUUCCCUACGCCUGACAAGGCGGACCAGGUCGCCGCUGCGCUGCAGACGAGCGCUGCGGUGUCCUCAUCGGAGGCCUGGCAGGCCGGACCGAGCGACAAGUCUGUGCCUCCGUAUGGAACGACGGACCGCAUCCGGCUACGGGACGAGAUGUGCAAUGCGAGGGAACGGCUGUUUGCGUGGAUGCGUUCGCAGAAAGGCCUAGCGCCGCCACCCACGACCGUGGAUCCCUGGCCCAGCACACACCCUACCUUGGAGUCCAGCGCGGACGCCGAGGAGAGGGAGGCGCGCCUCGAAGCUGAGGAAGAGGAAGAGGCGGAAACUUGGGCCGCUGAGCACCUUGCGCCCCCGGCGUCCGACGAGGACCGUGCAGAAGCGCGGGCGGGGGAUGACCACUACGCCAAACUGUUCGACCGAACGCUCGAUCCAGAUGCGUCGGACGAGGAGCCACCUGUCAAGCGGACGAAGCGCUCCGGCGAUACAGAUGGCACGGAGAUGGCCUUUUGGGACCAGCACUUUGCGUCGCUGUUUGCGCGGUCCUUACAUCAUCUUACACAGACACCCAUGUAG